CGAGUGCGAUAUCUUCUAGGGGACACCAUGUCAAGGGUCACUCAUAACCAGGAAUAGAUUCAGCAUUUAAUGAUAGGCCAGCUGAUGGUCAUUUACUCCAUGGCGCGCUUAAUUUUGAUUUGUGUCAUAGUGGGUGCUCAGACUUGUGCCGUUUUUGCCCAGGAUGGGGUUGUCUCCAAUGCCGAAGACCCGUCCCAACUCAACUCCAUACACAAAGCCAGCUCAAAAUCGCGGACUUUGUUUGAUUAUCAAACCCGAGUGGUGGCCUACAAGGACCUGAUCGAGUCGCGAUGUUUACUUGGGUUCAUAAAGGGAGGGGAGAGCUUCGUCGGGCAAUUUUCCGACACCUCCACGAUGGAAAACCUGACCAAGAACUUCCUCAUGGCCGAAAACCAGCUGUCCAAACGACAAAUUCUCACGAUUGGAGGAUCCAGAAUUGUGGAAUUCUGUCGCGGCUUUCCCACUUUUCUCAUCCACGAGCUGUCCAGCGACCAUCAAAACAGCAUCGUGCCGGAAUUCGAAUCUGAAGGUGGCGCGACACGGGCGAAACGUUCCACGAGCCACUUUUUCGUGGGGAGGGUGAGGGGGCAAACGCAGUCCCAGUACUUGAAUUUUGGAAAUAGUAAAGACCCGGGGAAAGCUGAAGCUGAGUCUUCGUACGGAAGCUCGAAGGCUGUAGUCAGUGGUAGUAGUGGAAUGGGGCAGGCCCAAAGCCAAAGUAUCCCAGUUGGGUGUGACGACUGCUAUGGGCAAGAUCAAGGUUUACAAUAUGGGAGAACUAACGGGCACUUGGAGUAUCCUGGGGCUCAGUAUCAAAGGCCAGGACGACCGGGAUACCCAAACGGAGGGGUGGAUCAUCCAGGUUAUCCGAGUGUACGCCCUGGAGAGAAACCUGGCUAUCCCAAUGGGCACCCUAACGGGAAACCAGCACAUACUGGAUAUCCUGACGGAGGUGCCGGAGGAAGACCGCAACCUGGAUAUCCUGACGGAGGUGCCGGAGGGAGACCGCAACCUGGAUAUCCUAACGGUGGUGCCGGAGGGAGACCGCAACCUGGAUAUCCCGAGGGAGGUAACGGGGGCAGACCCACAGGACCGCAAGUCCCAACACAACCUGAGUAUCCUGAAGGACGCCUCAAUGGGAGACCAACGGGACCACAGAUACCUGGAUAUCCUAACGGAGGUACCGGAGAGGGACCGCACGUUCCAACACAACCUGAGUAUCCUGAAGGACGCCCCAAUGGAAGACCAACAGGACCACAACAACCUGGAUAUCCUGAGGGAGGUACUGGACCCGCCGGACCGCACGCGCCAACACAACCGGUGUAUCACAAUGGACGUCCCAAUGGAAGAGUACCUGGAUAUCCCGAGGGAGAAAGACCCACAGGACCACAAGUGCCAACACAACCAGAAUAUCCCGAAGGAGGUGCCGGAGGGACCCCCACUGGAACACUACCUGGAUAUCCUAUCAACGGGAGACCAACAGGACCGGCACAACCUGGAUAUCCCGAAGGAGGUAACGGAGGACAGCAAGUACCACCACAGACGGGGUAUCCGAGAUUGCCGGGAGACCGACUGGGACCAUAUACGGUUCCACCGGGGUACCCGGGAUACCCACGUCCUGGCCAAAAACCAUCAGUACCACAAGUACCACCACAGACUGGUUAUACGAGAGAAGAUCAAUAUCCUGGGCAAAGACCAACAGGUCCACCUAAACCCGGAGAACCAGGUUACCCGGGAUAUCCCCAUGGAGAAGUUCCCGGAUAUCCGCCGCAACCUGUAGGACCUUCAGACUAUCCAAGUAUUUCAGGACAACCUGCAUAUCCAUUACCGCCUGGACACUGGCCUGGAAGGGGUCAUCCAGGUGGGAAAUUUAGUGGUCAAUUCGCUGGAGAUUACCUUCACCAAGCUGCUCAAGGAGGUCGAUUUUCGGGAACGUUUGCUGGAGAGUACGAAGCUUACCAGAAUGGUAGAGCUAAUGGGAGGUUCGGAGAAACGGAAACCGUAACGGGUGGAACAAAAUAUCCCGGAGGUCACAAAGUUCCGGAAAGGAUAACGUAUCCGGGAUUACCUGGAAGCCAACAGGUUUAUCCAGGAGCACAACCAGGGGGUAAUGGAAGACCGUUUAUUCCUGGAUCUGAUGUUGGAGGGCAACCAGGUUAUCCAGGUACAGGAAAACAGCCGGGUUACGUUCCAGGACAGCAAACGGGUUAUCCGGGACAACCUUAUCCUGCCGGUCCGGGACAACUACCAAGUGUACCCGGACAACAACCAGGUUAUCAGAGAAUUCCGGGCCAACAAUCGGGCUAUCCUGGCGUCACGGGACAAGUACCUGGUGUUUCUGGACAACAACCAGGGUAUACGGCCAUUCCGGGCCAACAACCAGUUUAUCCUGCCGGUCCGGGACAAGUACCAAGUAUCCCCGGGCAACAAACAGGUUAUCCGGGAAUUCCGGGCCAACAACCAGGUUAUACGGGCGUCCCAGGCGUGCAUCCAGUCCCACAACCAGGUCUUCCGGGCUAUCCAGGUGUUUCAGGCUAUCCGGGCGUCCCAGGUCAAGAGUCGGGCUAUCCGGGAGUACCAGGUGUACAAACAGACUAUCCGGCAGCCCCAGGUGGACCACCUAUCCAUACGGGAGUACAAAACGGAUAUCUGCCAACUCCUGGCGGACAAAACGGCUAUCCGGGAGUCCCAGGCGUUCAAUCGGGCUACCCAGGAACCGCAGGCGCACAACCCGGCUAUCCAGGAGUUCCAGGCGCACAACCCGGCUAUCCAGGAGUUCCAGGCGCACAACCUGGCUACCCAGGCGUUCCAGGAACACAACCCGGCUAUCCUGGAAUUCCGGGUCAGCAACCAGGUUACACACACGGAAUUCCACCAGGUGGCCAACCGCCAUAUUCAGGAGGGUCGGGCUACGGCGGAGACGUCGAUGUGUACGGUCGCCCCGGCGAAGGCCCCAUGCGCUUCACAGAGGGCGAACAAGUCGACGACUCCGACUCCCAAGUCCUCACUUCCGUCCAACAAAAAAACAACGAAACUCUGGCUAGCGCGUCUGCGCAAGGUAGAUUCCAAGGAGGUACAGCGCAAUCCCAAGUGUCAGGUACCUACUCAGGCUCAGGUUCCUUCAACGCUUUAGCCGGGAGCGACGACGGGAAAAGAGGUGCCCUAACUCAAGUUUCUGGAGGCAAAGAAGGCGCGCAGAGCGCCGCACAAGGUAGGGGUGGUUUAGGGCAAAGUCAAGCUCAAGUUCAAUUGGCUUCAGAGACCGGUGACACGAUUUCGAGCGCACAAACAGCAGGGUGGAACCACGGUAGUCAGACCCAAGUACAGGCCAGUGGUAAAGGCGGAAUGUCGGAUGCCCAGGCCAACGGUCCCGGUAGCACGUCAUCCCAAGCCCAGAUUGGGUUUACCCCGUACGACGAACACGAACAAGAAAAUCAGACCACGCCGUUUGGAGGCGGCGGGAUGGCGAGUGCCCAGAGUGGAACGUACUCAGGGCAAGCGCAAAGCCAAAUCCAGGGGAAGUUCCAGUACGGGAUUAGGUACACGGGGGCGGCGCAAGCAGGGUCUGGAGGUCGAGACGGGAUUUCCGGGAGAAACGAAAGCAGGAUUUCGAGCUUCGCGGCUUUCCCGGAGUUCAAACCCUUGAAUUUUACUGCAGAUAAGUCCGCGUUUAACACGCAGAGUCAGGUUUUGCAAACCAACGAUAGGUCGAAUGUUCAGAAAACGAUAACACGGGAUUCGUCGGUUCCGAGGGGGCAAGAAGUCGACCAGACUACCGUUCACGAUCUGGAAAUGGAGGAAACGGCUACGGAUGAGUACCAUGAUGAGGAGUACGACGACUAUGAAGGGGACUACACCACCCCUAAGACCAGGACCAAGAGUAUAAUCAGUCAGGCUUCCAAAAACCAGAGGCAACACAUAGUUUUGGAUCCGCUUGAAGAUCUCGACGCGACAGUCCAACAAAGCUACGGUUAUCCUCCUGAUGGUACAAUCCUGCAACCGGGAGAGUACGUCCCGGGCUCUCCCGGUUACCAAAUCCCUCCGGGUUUCAGAGGGAGAGUCAAGUCGGUCGCGAACGGUCAAAACACCUAUUCCACAGGAAAGAACUCUCAAGCUCAAAGCGUCACACUAACCCCUGGGACGGGUCGAGUUAUCUACAAGAGACCCAUCUAUGCGGUAUCGUCGAAUACCCAUUUCCGGAAUGGGCACAUCGGGUUCGGUUCCGGAUACACGUACCAACCGGCUAAUUACCAAGUCAAGAGCGGCAAAUCUCUCCCUAAUUUCGUUUCAUUGACUAAGUCGGAAACUGGUUCGAAGAACCCGUACACAGGUCAGAAGACACCUUCAGUCUAUUACACCCAGUCUUCGAGUUGUGGCGUGUUUACGAACACCUGUGUGUUUAAUGGUAACGGGAAGCUGUGUUUCCCCAAACCCAAAACCAAUCCAGAUGGGUCCUUCGUCUCCUGUUAAUGUAAUUUUUUGUUUAAUUGA